GUCACCUUACAACUUCACCAAAGUUGAUUGUAUUUUGUAUAUCUACAAGCGUAAAUUUCCGGUCGUCAAAUUUGUUUGUCUUCCCGAUUUCUAGCAAAGAUGUAUAGUUUACGCGGUUUUGCCUUAUACCAAUGGCGCAGCGUCCUGGCUAAUGCUCGCAGAUCGGGUAAUUGCGAUGGUUUGUUAUACUGGCGCUCGGAUGUUACUACACCAACAAUCCAUGGCUCCGCAUUUGCAAGGAAGAAUGCAUGUUUACUCAUUGACGAUAGACGAUGGCACAAUGGCUCCAAUGUAAAGAUGGAGAAAUGCAUCAGCAGAGCAAAACGCGUCAUCGGGCCUGAGGUUCAAUCUUCUCGCAAACCAUUUCUCCCAACUUGGGCGAAAUGGAGUUUAGGAGCAAUACUAUCUCUACUUACUUUCGGGAAGGAAAAAUGGGAAUGUUUUCUAAGGCUUGAAGGCAAAGUGGAGAAUGUCGCGGAGGUGGUGGAAAAGGUAGCCAGUGUGGCCGAGAAGGUGUCCAGUGAAGUGGCGGAUGUGCUCCCGGAAGACUCAAAACUGAAAGAUGCGGCUCAGCUAGUUGAAUAUGUUUCCAAGGAAGCCGAAAAGGAUGCGCAUUUGAUUCUAAAACUCAUUCACAAGGUGGAUAAAUUGAAGCAAGAAGCAGUGGAGAGAGUUGUUGAGCCAAUUCGAAAACACGAGAAGCUCUUGGAUGAAGAAAGUGGCGAAAAGUAGAGACUCGUUACUUGUAAAAUGGACACCCGAUCUGUACGUUGUUGUAAAUAUAUGUCCCUAGAAGGUAUUUAAAAGCCAAAGGACGAAAAGCAAAGAAAGCUAAUGUGUUAAAGAUUGUUACGGUUAUGUAGGACAAGAUUCUGAAAGAUUUUAUAUUUUAAUUUU